UUGCGGCCAUGGCUGAGGAGGCGCGGGCUGCCAACGAGCGCCUCUUGUCCCGGGCCACCUGCCCGUUGUGCCUGGAUGUGUUCGAGCAGCCCGUGCUCACGGCGUGCGGGCACAGCUUCUGCGGGCAGUGCCUGGCGGCCGUGCUGGGGGACCCCCCGCGCCCCGCCGCCUGCCCGCAGUGCCGCGCCCCGCUGGAGCCGGGCUCGCAGCUCCCCAACCGCUCCGUGGGCGACCUGGCGGAGGUGGUCCGGUCCCUGGAGGAGGUGGCGGCGCGGCCGCGGUGCCCCCAGCACGGCAAGGCCCUGGCGCUGUUCUGCGAGCCCUGCGCCGCCCUGCUCUGCGCGCCCUGCCGGGACGGGCCCGAGCACCGCGGGCACCGUGUCCGCCCCGCCGAAGAGGCCGCCCGGGAGCUGCAGGAGACACUCCAGAGAAACCUGCUUUCUUUGCAAGAACAGAAGGAAAACUUGAAAAGCAGAGGGGACCAGAAGAGAGAAGACCUGCAGGUGACAGCGAGGUCGGAGCUGCAGCGAGUGGCUGAGAGCUUUGAGGAGCUGCAGCAGUGCCUGGAGGAGCAGAAAGAGACCCUGCUGGCCCAGCUGGUGCAGAUGUCCCAUGAGCUGGUUGUUGCCAGAAUCCUGAGCAGGUGUGGGGCAGCCAUGGCCCCGAUCCCAGUUUCCCGAGAGCUGAAGAAGAGCAUUAAGAGCCUCUCUCAGAAGAGCCGACAAGUCAUGGCCAUGGUGGAUAAAUUCAGAGUGAACAUGUGUCACGAGAUAGACUGGCAAAGGGAGCAGGUGACGCUGGACCCAGACACGGCGCAUCCUCACCUGCUGCUCUUGGACGACAACAAAGAGGUCUGGUUCAGAAAUGAAGAACAAAACCUCCCUGACAACCCCAAGAGGUUCACAGGCAGCCUCAGUGUCUUGGGCUCCCAGGGGUUCACAUCUGGGAGGCAUUACUGGGAGGUGGAGGUCGGGGAAAAGGGCAGCUGGGCCGUGGGGGUGGCCCUGGAGUCCGUGUCCAGGAAGGAGCCAAUCUACCAUGGCAGCUCUGAAAAGACCUGGGUGCUGCAACUGGACUGGGGCCAUUACAGCGCACAAUCUAUGUCCACCGACUGGCUGGUAGUCAAGAAAAAGCUCAAGAGAAUCAGGGUCUGCCUGCACUAUGAAACGGGCCUAGUGACCUUCUACAAUGCAAAGAAUAUGAUGCAGAUCUUCCAGUUUAAGGCCACCUUCACUGAGAAAGUCUUCCCAUAUUUUUCGGUCUCCUCAAAAGGAACCCACAUCCGGGUGUGUCACUGACAGGGUGGGAUGGCUGCCGGGCCCCUCUUGCAUUGCCCUAAAUUGUUGAUUGUUCUUUCACACUAGGUUAUUAGAAAUUUGCACUGAAUAGUCUCUAUAUUGCACUGAAUAGUUUAUGUUUUAUCACCUGGUUUGUUCUUCCCCUCUCCUACCACAUGAUUUCCUUCACCCACCCCUCUCCCCAGUACCCUCCCCUGGUCUCUGCCCUGGUUUACCCCUCCUCACUGGUGGCCCAUGGGCUGUGCUCCUCGUCCUCUGCCCCACAUUCCCCGGGUUAAAAGGCUCCCACCAUGAGGCAACAGUCUCUUUCCCACCUUGGAAAUAAACGUGCCACGUUGGUCUCUGCAUGGAGAA